UAGUACUCGAGGAACCAGAGAGCAAGUACCUAAUUCCACCUUGGAAAGCUUUGCAGAGGAAGUGAAGUUUUACCCAUGGACAAGCUGAGGAAGGGCGUUCUAGGCAGACAUUUGCUAAGACUGGAAACCUGAGUGAGUGUGGCAUAUUUGGGGAACAUUUGGGCAACUUCAGCUUGGGAACAUGUGGGAGAAUGGCAGAAGAUGAAGCUGGAAAGUAUCUGACCAAAAGGAUACCACAAAACCCAAGGUAUCAGCAUGUCAAGUCAAGACUAGACACUGGUAACAGUAUGACUAAAUACAUUGAGAAGCUAGAAGAGAUCAAAAAAAAUUAUAGAUAUAAAAAAGAUGAGCUUUUCAAGAGACUAAAAGUUACAACUUUUGCCCAGCUGGUCAUCCAAGUUGCUUCCCUAUCUGAUCAAACACUGGAAGUGACAGCUGAGGAGAUUCAAAGGCUAGAAGACAAUGAUUCUGCAACUUCAGAUCCUGAUGCUGAAAUCACUGCCAAGACCAAUGGGAAAGAGAGCCCUGGGGAGCAGUCACCAAGCCCUGUCCAGUGCAUAAACAAUGAGGGAGCCGGGGACUCCAGCCGCUCAACUCUUCAGAGCGUCAUCAGUGGUGUUGGGGAACUGGAUCUGGACAAGGGGCUUGUGAAGAAAGUAGAGCCCAAUACCAAAGACAAACCUUAUGCCGACUGCCCCUUCCUGCUGCUAGAUGUGCGAGACAGAGAUUCUUACCAGCAGUGCCACAUUGUUGGAGCUUACAGUUACCCAAUUGCAACUCUGUCUAGAACAAUGAACCCUUAUUCAAAUGAUAUUCUUGAAUAUAAAAAUGCCCACGGCAAGAUCAUCAUUCUGUACGAUGACGACGAGAGGCUGGCCAGCCAGGCCGCCACCACCAUGUGUGAGCGGGGAUUCGAGAACCUCUUCAUGCUUUCCGGAGGUCUAAAAGUUUUAGCUCAGAAAUUCCCAGAAGGACUGAUUACGGGUUCCCUGCCAGCAUCUUGCCAGCAGGCCCUUCCUCCUGGCUCUGCCCGGAAACGAUCCAGCCCCAAAGUGCCACCCCCACCAGCUGAGAGUAAAUGGAGAUUUACCCCAGAAGACCUCAAGAAGAUAGAAUAUUACCUGGAAGAGGACCAGGGUCCUGCAGACAAUCCUAGCCGGCUGAGCCAAGCUAAUGCUUCUGGAAGAGACUCCAAGGUUCCAGGCGCCCGCAGCAGUCAGAACCUGCCUGCCGGGGGCCAUGCCGGCCAUCAGAAUCCCCGCUUACUGGGCAGUGGCCACCUGCAAGGCAAACCCUGGAAGUAAAGACUUUGUCUGUCUUAGCCAAAUAAAUGUUUUCUCUCCUUUCGGAACCCCUGAGCAGUUCCCAAGUUGGUCAUUUUCAGAAACUGCUGCAGAGGAAAGACCUCAACAUGUGUGUCAGGCCCUCUUCCCUCUUCCUGUCUCUAGCACCUCUCCCACAUCCAGCUCGGGAAGGAUUUUUACAAAAAUCAGAGGCAUAACAGGCUCUAGUGUCCUCCCUGUUGUUUACAGAAUAUUUAAGUCUCUGAAACUGAAUAGGAAAAAACAGUCUAAUUUUUUUAGGCUUUCAUUUUUUUUUUUUUAAUAAGGUCCAGUUUGUUUUGGUCUAUAUCCUGCUGUGUUUUGUAAAUACUUCAGGCACAUCUGGUGUGUCCUUCCCAGCCAGUUCUUUUUCACUAAGUGUUCUUGGUUUCAUGAAGGUUCUCUAGGUAGGCUUUGCAGCCUGAGAAGCUGUCCCUGGGGGUGCAGAUGAUUCAUAGCUUUCAGCCACCACCAGGGCCCCCACCAGGUGUGGACCCGCUGGCUGAGGAGCUCCUUGCCCAGCUCCGGAUGCAGGCUCUGUCUUGAGUUUGGAAAAUGGUACCUGAGUGAGCAUCACUCAGUUAAGAUUUAGUAGCAGCUUUCACAUGUGCUCAGUGCUGCUCCUCACUAGAUGUUUUCCUGGAGCCAGCACAGGUGAUGAUGUGUGCUCAGCUGCCUUCACGGGAAAGCCCUGUACACUGUACAGGGCUGGGUUGAAAACAUAUGAAGCCCCCUGGAGCCAUCUCUCAUUUGUGGUUGCUUUAUUCAUUGUAAAUUUCCAUUACCCAGCUCAGGCCCAUCCACCUUAGAUGGGUAGAAAUUAUGGCCACUUGAAAACAUUGGCUUCGGUUGAGCCACUACCAGCACACAAGGUGAGGACGACUCCACAGCCCUUUGUCAGAGCUGACAGCCCCUUAAACCCUUGCUUAAAAAUACAGUAUUAGUCUAAUUGAGUAAUUAGUGCAAUUUCCUGCUUACUUUUCAUUCUCAUGACUGAGCUGUGAUUAGGAGGUUGUGAUUACAUAUUCUUGUUUGGGCCAGAAUUUUGAAUCAGCAUUAAUUGAAUUGCUAGAUGACUGACAUUCAUUCCAUUUAAUUGGGGGAGCAAAAGACCUCAGGUAAGGAUGAAGAACUCUGAAAUCAUCAGGAAAAGGGAAAAGAGCCUUGUUAAUUUUUAUGGUCUGUGAUCUGUAGCUAUGAUAAGGGACUAAGGAAUAAAUUGUGCUCUUUGUCAUGGCAACCAGCUUCUGAAAAGCCAGCUGAAAAUUGCCUAUCCUUAGGUGGUUAUUGCUGCUGGGUAAGAUUUGCCUUAACAGGACUAUUUUUCUUACCACCAAAAAAAAAAAAAAACACAGUAUUUCCAACACGGGGGGCUGUAUUUGUAGGAGAAAUAAAGGUAAUAAAUAUCUUAUAGAGACAUAUGGAAAAAUAACUUUCAGAUUCAGCCCAGUUCUGUUUUAGUGUGUUUAUUCUUCUCUACUUGAUUUCCAAAGUGCAACAUUUUCCGAUGCUUUAGAAAUCAAACAAACCAGGGACAUUGUUCAGAUGUCAAGCCGUGCCCAAUUUUCCACAAGAUUCAAGAAUCUUGUAUCAAAUUCAGCCAACGUACACAUAGCUUUAAUGAGGAGCCUGUCAUGUCUCUCUAUAAAUUUAUUGCCUGAGAACUAAGUACAGCCUUUUGCUCAUGCCAAAAUGCUCUGGCUUUUUAUUUUCUUUACAGCAUAGAUUUUUUAAAAUGCAAAUUUUUCCACACUCAACUUCCCCCUAGCAUGGACAAGAUUUUCAGCCAUUUUGGACACAUAUACAUUUUUAAGAAAAAAAAUUUUUUUUCUCUGUGACAAAGUUAUGGUUUUGCCAUUUUCAAGUCAACUAGUCAGGAGGUUAGAUUUCCCCUAUUCGAUUCUAUUUUGAAUGUAAAUGGUAGUCCCUCUUUGUUCCUAUUGUGCAUUCCCAUCACAACACAACACUAGAGUGGUAGAAACUAUUGUGUACAUGUGCAAAGUCAGUGUAGCCGAACCUAUUAGAAUUGCAGUGCAUUUAGUUGAGAGACCUGGCAGGUUGACUAUAUUUAUGUGUGUUUCUCCAUAGUGCUUUGCCUGUUGGUAAGGAUUGUAAAUAACUACUCCUCAAAGACCUGUUCUCAUUCUGCACUUUGUGUGUUAAAUGUUACUCGCAGACAGUUUUUACAUGCUCAAGGUAUUGCUCUGAAUGUUCUACUUUACUAGUUUCUUCGUUAGAUUAACUGACAUGUCUUAUUUAAGUGAUCUGUGAUACUUUAUGCAAUUAUGAAUGUUGAAGAUUAAAGUACGUAGUUCU